CUAACAACUUCCGGGUCAGUCCGUACAUGAGUAAAGUGACACUAGCAACGAACAGUGAACUCACAAGUUUUUCUCUUUAUUUGUAGUUAAUUCAUCAACUAAGUUUGUCAUAUUAAUAUAUUAUCUGUGUUUUAAAAUGGUGCUUUACUUCACAAGUGCCGUGGUGGACCCUCCAUUCACAAUCUACAUGGGAAAAGAUAAAUAUGAAAAUGAGGAUCUCAUUAAAUAUGGUUGGCCCGAAGACAUCUGGUUUCACGUUGACAAACUCUCUUCAGCUCAUGUUUAUCUAAGAAUGCCAAAGGGUAAAACCAUAGACGAUAUUCCUCCAGAGGUGCUGGUAGACUGUGCACAGCUGGUGAAGAACAACAGCAUCCAGGGCUGUAAGAUGAACAACAUCAACGUGGUUUACACGGCGUGGGCCAACCUGAAGAAAACAGGAGACAUGGAUGUUGGACAAAUUGGCUUUCACAAACAGAAAGAGGUGAAGCUUGUUGCUGUGGAGAAGAAGAUCAAUGAAAUCGUAAACCGCCUGGAGAAGACAAGAGAAGAGCGCUUCCCGGAUCUGGCAGCAGAGAAGGAAGCGAGGGAUCAGGAGGAGAGAAAUGAGAAGAAAGCUCAAGUCCAGGAGCAGAAAAGGAGGGAGAAAGAAGAGCAGAAGAAGAAAAAAGAAAUGGAAGAGCUCAGGAAUUAUACAUCACUGAUGAAGAGUGAAAACAUGAAAACUAACGAGGAUGGCUAUGACUCGGACGACUUCAUGUGAUGCCUGAAAAUACGACAGGAAGCUCGGGCUCCCCUGCUGCCAUCGCUUUACAGACUUUGAAUGAACGAAA